AUGAGAUUUGCACAAAACCCCACACUCUAUGGUUUGGACUACUAUUUCAAAUCACCAAUGCUUCCAAUACUAAUAGUAUUAGCCAUUAUGUUUGUGGGCAUAUGUGUGGCGUUGAACCUAUUCAGCAGGGCCCUUAAGGCAAAGGAUCGGAUGAGAGCUAUAACUAAAAUAAUGUUUGAACGACAGAGACAUGUGUCCAAUGAAAUGAGACGGGAGUGCAAAUGUCAUGGCAUGAGUGGCUCGUUUGACGGCGCGUCUCGAGUGCUCGUCAGUAAUGACUAUCGCGGACUCACCAGAAAAAAGUAUAAAAAAGUUCAGCUCAAACCCUAUGAGACCGGAUAUAAGAGUCCGACGCGAAAAGAUUUAAUAUAUUUUGAAGAAUCGCCUGAUUUUUGUGUUACGAAUCAAAAGUUUGGUGUUUUGGGCACAAAAGGAAGGGUUUGUAACGACACGUCUAUCGGCGUUGAAGGAUGUGAUUUGUUAUGUUGUGGUCGCGGAUACAAAACUGAGAUUAGAGAGGAGUUAGAGCGAUGUAAUUGCACUUUCCAUUGGUGCUGUCAGGUGAAGUGCAACAUUUGUAAAGCAAGGAAAACAGUUCACACAUCACACCUGUCCCUCAUAAGUAUAUUGAGCUCCACAAGAGUGCUGAUGACCAUUGCAUUAGUCUUGUCUAAUAAGACAUGUGUCGAAAUACCCUUUACUUAA